UGCCAGCCGCUGCGGUCCUCGUCCUGCCAGUCUGCCUGUUGUGGGAGCUGCCGGCCGUAAAGGGCUACAUCCACGCGGUGUCGGACCAUAACACCAGCAUGGAGUUCUCUGACCUGCCGGCCAUUUUCGGCUACCCACUGUCCCGGCAAGGACUCGUGGGUCUCCUGGUGGAAGCCAGGCCGGCCAACGCCUGCCUGCCCCUCGAGGCGCCUCCGUCCAACAGCAGCGUCUUCAUCGCCCUCGUCCGGCGGUACAACUGCAGCUUUGAUGUCAAGGUCUACCAUGCUCAGCAGGCCGGGUUCCUGGCCGUCAUUGUCCACAACGUCGGCUCAGAUGAUCUGCUCAACAUGGUCUGGGAGGAUGACCAGCUGCGCAGGCGCAUCACGGUCCCUUCCGUCUUCACGAGCGAAACGGCAGCCACCUACCUGCGAAGCCUCUUCACCUACGAGAGAGGGGGCCACGUCGUCCUGAUCCCCGAGUACAUCUUCCCGCUGGGCUACUACCUCAUCCCCUUCACGGGCGUGGUGGGCGUGGUGAUUGCCGUGAUGUGCACCAUCCUGAUUGUUCGGUGUGUCCAACAUCGGAAGAGGAUGCGGAAGGACCGGCUGUCGAAGGAGCAGCUGAAAAAGAUCCCUGUGCACAAGUACAAGAAAGGGGACGAGUAUGACGUCUGCGCCAUCUGCCUGGAAGAGUACGAAGAUGGGGACCGGCUGCGAAUCCUGCCCUGCUCCCACGCCUAUCACUGCAAGUGCGUGGACCCGUGGUUGACCCAGACCAAGAAGACCUGCCCGGUGUGCAAGCAGCGGGUGAUCCGCUCCCCGGAGGACUCGGACUCGGAAGGGGAGGAGGAGGGCACCGACCCAACCGUGCCCGGCCAGAGCGAGGAGAGGGCACCGGACUUGGGGCACGAGGAGGAAGAGGAGGAUUCGGAGCGCACCCCCUUGUUGCGCCCCUCGCCCAGCACAGCUGUGGCCCCCCCCUGCUUUGGCAGCAUGGCCCGGUCGGUCCCCUCCAGCCCCCAGGGGCUUCUGGCCGAGGGUGGGGAGGAGCCGCCCCCCAGCCCUCACUCACAGAGCCAGCUGCUGGUCUAG